GGCCCUUCCCCUUUCAUGCCCUUCUUCCGCAAGCAAUCCUUCAAAAAGUCGCGUGGUACCGGUAAGAGUGUUGCUGUGGUUGGUUUGUUGAGUCAAUAAUUUUUCGUAUUUUACGCGAUAAAAAAGAAGUUUUAUCGCCGAGCCAUGGAUACCCUAAAGAAGAAUUGGUUUUCUGAAUCAUGUGAGAUGUGGCCAGGAAGUACAUUCUCUUUUGAAGUCAAAGAAGUUCUGUUAAAAGAACAAUCUCCAUACCAGGAAAUUCAAGUUUUUGAUACAGCAAGCCUAGGAAAAGUGCUAGUUCUUGACGGAAUCAUUCAAUGUACUGAGAAGGAUGAAUUUUCAUAUCAGGAAAUGAUAUCAUUUCUGCCAUUGUGUUGUCACAAAAAUCCUGAAAAAGUGCUGAUAGUUGGAGGCGGUGAUGGUGGGGUGGCACGAGAAGUGGCGAAGCACCCCAGAGUCAAGCAAAUUGUACAGGUGGAAAUUGAUGCCAAAGUUGUUGAGGCAGCUAAGAAGUUUCUACCUUUCAUGGCAGUCGGGUUUGACAGCCCAAAAGUUACACUACACAUUGGAGAUGGUUUUGAAUUCAUCAAGAAAAGCAUCAAUGAGUUUGACGUCAUCAUAACAGAUAGUAGCGACCCUAUCGGACCAGCUGUGGCCUUAUUCCAGGAAAAUUAUUACGCACUUACAAAGAAGGCUUUGAGGCCAGGGGGCAUAGUCUGUUGCCAAGGUUCAACAUACUGGGACAACAUAGAUUUAGUCAAGAAUACCCUCAACUUCUGCAAAAAUCAAUUCCCUGCAGCUGCAUACGCUACAACCUCAGUCCCGACAUAUCCGGCCGGACAAAUUGGCUUUAUUAUCGGAUCAUUGGACAAGGACAUUGACUUCCAAGUGCCUACGCUUGUGUUCAGUGAUGAGGAAAUUAAAGAUAUGGAUCUAAAAUACUACAACAGUGAUGUCCAUAAGGCUGCUUUCUGUCUGCCGACAUUUUUGAGGAACAAGCUAAGAGAAUAGUUUUUGUGAAUGUAGAUAUGAACUAUAUUUGCAUUUAUUUUUGUACGCAUUUUAUACUUUUGUAUAACAGGAUAGGUUUUUUUACAAUACUUUAAUGGUAGUUUGAUUAAAAACCAAAUUAAUGUAACGUGUAAAUUUUAAAUUGAAUAUUUCAAAAUCGCAAUACAAUAAGGACGUAAAUUAAGUACAAAAGAGCAUUAUUAACAUUAUAGAGAUUUAUUUAAUUUUUUUACCAAGUGGAAAUUUUGUACUAGACAAUAUAAUUUCGUUCAGUGAUUUAGUUUUAUGUUUUAGAGCUACUGUCUGUUUCCUACUAUUCUAAUUUUAAUAAUAAUUCUAAUUGUAUAUUUGAUGUUAUGUUCUAUUUUGUUUACAUUCCGAUGCAUUCCGUAAAUUAUUGUAUUCAAUCUUAUUUGCCAGUGCCUUAUUUAAAACGAUUUACUGUAGGAAUAUAGAAUUUAAGGUAUGCUUUGUCAUUUUUGUGAUAUUUUGAGAAUAUCUCGUCUCGAACAAAUUUCAAAUGCUAAGAACAAUAUUUUAUACUGUUGCACAUUUUUACUCCUGUUAUUGUCAAAAUCAAAUAAAUAUUAAUGUUUA